AUGGACAUAAACAACACUUUCCUGCAGGCUGAUCUCCAUGAGGAGGUCUAUGUGACACAGCCAGAGGGUUUCAUCAACCCUGACAAGCCACAUCACAUCUUCUGUCUGAAGAGAGCCCUCUAUGGCCUCAAGCAGGCGCCUCUCACAUGGAAUCACACACUAGACUCUUUUCUCAUCAAGAUAAGCUUCACCACAGCCACCACCAAUCUGUGUCUCUACACACUGCACAACCACUCUGCAGUCAGCAACAGCAAGGACAUCAUCUACAAGCCUGACCUCCACUGCAUCUUUGUGCAGUCCACCAUUAUCAUAAAACCACUUGUCAUCCUCUCUGUCUAUGUGGACGACCUCCUCAUUGUCAGUCUUCCCAAUGAUGUUGACACUGUCAAGGACCUAUUGCGCAAUCAUUUCCACAUCAAGGACUUUGGCCUGGUGUCCAUGAUUCUCAGCAUGGACAUCAGCUAUGACAUCACCAUGUGGUUUGGAGCCCUCCUCUACAUCACUCUUGUGAUGUGUCCUGAUGUGCUACAUGCUGUUGUCUACCUGUCCUGGUUUGUCUGCAUGUUCAACAACACCCACUUCAAGGCAGCAUGGCAUGUCCUAUGA